AGAGAGAGAGAGAGAGAGAGAGAGAGAGAGAGAGAGAGGGAGCUAAGGCCAGGGGCUUUGCUGGCUGCCAUUGUCGCUGUCUGUCAGGAGAAGCACUGGGGAGAAAGCGAGAGAGAGGGAAGAGAGAGGAAAAGUUCCUGCUGAGUUAAAGUAGUCCACGGGACCGCGCGUACAGUAUUCAACAGCUUCCCUAGGCUAUCAGUCGGCCAUCGCAAGGGAGAGAGAGAGGGAGGGAGAGAGAGAGAGAGAGAGGGAGAGAGAGAGGGGAGAGGGAGAGAGAGAGAGAGAGAGAGGGAGAGAGUUACACCAAAGGAUUUUUUAUUUAUAGCCCCUCCAACGGCAACAGUCAGUAACAACUUUUCCGAGGGGUGUGUGUGGUUGGUUAGUGGAGAUAAAGGACUAGUUAGUGAUUUUGUUUGGCCAUGCAACAGGCCUGGGAUAAGGCUCUCUUUGAGGCUCACAUCGAAGGUGUCAAGAACGGCCAAACUGGUGAAAUGUCGGGGAAAAGCCAAGGAGGAUAUAUGGGAACCAAGACGUCCAACGAACACUUCCAGAGCACCAGCGUGUCCGACGGCAAUGAUAACAAGCCCCAGCCAGUGGGUGGUGUCCAGGGCCAGCUGAGUGGUGGGGGUGGGACCCACCAGAACCACCAGAACACACAGCUCCUCUUGACACCCGCCAGUAUCCAGCUAGCCCAGCUCCAGGCCCAGCUCACCUUCCACCGCCUUAAACUGGCCCAGAGUGCUGUGGGGGGCAAUGCAAACUCUGCAAACGCAGCCAGCAUCCUCAAUCAGGUCCUUGCCAAUGUGGCCAUGUCCCAGCCCCUCUUCAACCAGCUCCGCGCCUCGGCCAUGGUCAGUAAUCCCCAAACAGUUGGUGGUGGUUUCCACUCCAGUGCCCUAGCCUUCCAACUGCCUCCACCACCGCCGCCACCGCCGCCACCGCCGCCACCCCCCAACUCUGCCCUGGGGACUUUGGUAGGGGCCGGAUUCAACCAGAAUCAUGGUAAUCUGAGGCUGAACCAUUACGGAGGUGGGGGUGUUUCUGGGAACCAACAGCAGCAGCUACAGGCCAACCAGCAUGGUGGAUCAGACUACAGCAAGAAAGCUGGCUCAACAUACCCUUCAGAUAUGGAUAGGCGUCUCCAGUAUGGCUUCACAGGGGGGACGUCGGUGGCGUUGAGUGAAGCUGGAGAGGGACAAGGACAGUACGUGCCAAUCAUGACUCAGGCAAAGAGUACAAACCAAGGCUUUCAGAUUGACUUCUAUGGUCAGAGUCAACAACAACAGGCUGGGUUCGGUGUUGGGAAUCAAAACUAUCAGAACAAGAACGCUUUUAAUGAGCAGCAGUGGAAAAGCCCAGGUAACAUGAGCCACGCGGGAAAAGGGUUGGACAUGGUUUCCAAUACUGCCACAGUAUGGAGGGGGACUGGGCAGCCAGUCCGUGCCAGAGAGGAUCUGUACAAUCCAGAGGAGCCAACCUCUGACCCCAAGUUCAAUUCCGGCGGUGGGGAAAUUACUUCCUCGUUCGGAGAAGGCAUGGGUGGCACCAAGGGGUUUGUGGGAUACCACAAGCAGCCCCUGCAGGGGGGAGAGGAGAUCCUGUCUACAGGUGGUUCCGUACAACUCCAACCUCACCAGCUGAAUGACUUCCACGCCGUGACGCCAUCCCACCUGCCCCACCAGUGCACCAUCUGUGAGAAGAAGGUCUAUAACCUCAAGGACUGGGACCAGCACGUGAAAGGUAAACUACACCUGCAGAACCGCUUGCUGUACUCUGAAGGUGCUACAAUCACAGCCGGAGCCGUCUACUACGGUCCCGCCGGGUCGUCUGAAGGAUGCCUAAACAACGUCGGAGUGAAUAACUCCAUGGCUUACUCUUCCACUGCCAAUCAAGAUGUAUCAUCCGGAGCUAACCUACCAGCUGGAGUAAUGAGAACCUAUCCCAUGUCAGGGGCUGGAUUUACCCAACUCCCACCUGGGUCAAAGGUAUUUCCACCCAGGAAAUCAAUCACAGGACGGGUGGUCCACAUCUGCAACCUCCCCGAGGGCAGCUGCACAGAGAAUGAUGUCAUCAACCUGGGACUGCCCUUCGGGAAAGUCACCAACUACAUCCUCAUGCGCUCUACCCACCAGGCGUUUGUGGAGAUGGCGUACAUUGAGGCGGCCCAGGCUAUGGUUCAAUACUACCAGCUGACUCCAGCCACGAUCAACGAUCAGAAACUACUGAUCAGGAUGUCCAAGAGAUACAAGGAGCUUCAGCUCAAGAAACCAGGUAAAGACGUUGAUUCAAUCAUCCAGGAUAUCAACUCUCUGAGGGAAAGGGACGAGAUGCAGGAGAUUGAUCACUACAUGCCAGAGAGAGCGCGGUCCCGUAGUCCCAUCAGCCGCUCUCUGAGCCCUCGCUCCCACAGCCCCAGCUUUACCUCCUGUAGUUCAGCCCACAGCCCGCAGGGGGCACCCUGCCGAGGAGGCCCGGAACGGGGCUCCUGGACCGCCAAACACAUGAGAAAGGGGGACGAGGACAGAGAACGAGAGAGGGAAAGGGACGAGGUGCCAUGGAGGAACGGAGGUACAGUGGAUGACGACAGGCUGAACGGGAGGAUGCAGGAUCGACGGAACAAGCCGUACCUGAAACCCUCCGACCGAGACCGGAUCAGUCCCAGAUCAGCAGACGAAAGAGGUGGAGGAAGAGGGGAGGGGAUGAGGGGGGGGAACAGGGGGGGAGACUGGUACCCCCACCCGCGGUGUAGCCCUCAGGGGAUGCCCCCCUUCCCUUCGUACAGGAACAUGGAUGAGGACUCCUACAAAACACAGCACGUGUAUAAGCCAGAGAAGCCCCUGAGGCCACAGUACCAGAGACAUGAGGAGGGGAGAGUCAAGUCAAAGAGGAGGGAUGGAGGGGACUACCACAGAUCCAGACACUCAGAGUCAGAGCUGGGAGAGGAGUCUCUACCCACCAGGACAGGAGAAGACAGAAGACAGAGAGGAGGCUCCCCGACAUGGGGAAGGAGCAAGAAACCCACCAUGAGACACGGGACGGAGAAACCGGAAAUAGAGAUUACUGAAAAUAACGGAGAAACCGCUGAGGAUCAGCGAUCCAAAGAGAAGUCUGUUUCUCCUCAACGAAGUGGCAAGCAUGAGAGAGAAAAAGACAGCGAGGCGGAGGAGUGGGAGAGUGGGGACGACACAGAGGGUGAGUGCUGGUACCCCAAGAACAUGGAGGAGCUGGUCACAGUGGACGAGGUAGGAGAGGACGACUCCAUCAUCGAACCGGACCUCCCUGAGCUGCAGGAUGACGAGGAUGUGUCAGCCUCAGACCUCCAAAAGGAUCCUACGGAGGAGGAGGAGGGAGAGGCUCCACGAUCAACCUCCACCCCCAGUCCCAGGCCCUGCUCUGAGAAGGAGUUAGCCCAGAGAGAGGAUACCGAGUUGGGUAGAGGAGGUGGGGUAGGUGGGGUGGUGGAUCCUAUACCUACAGAGCAGAAAGAUGGGGAGAUUAGCACAAACCCCAGCCCCACAGACCAGUCACUGCCACAGUCACAGUCACAGUCACAGCCACAGCCACAGCCACUGCCACUGCCACUGCCACAGCCACAGCCACAGUCACAGCCACAGCCACAGCCACAGUCACAGCCACAGCCACAGCCACAGCCACUGCCACUGCCACAGCCACAGCCACCCAUCCCAGUAGCCUCAGAACAGCUCAGUUCAGAUCUGGAUGAUUUCCCCAACCCGGAGUUCAAGGCAGCCCUGGAAGAGACGUGUUUGGAAGUCGAAGUACUGAAGAGUGGAGCGCCGACGCAGGAGCUGGCGCUAACCAAUCACGCUGGCGCGUGUGAAAGCAGCAAGACCCAGGAUGUAAUACACAAGAUGGAGGACGUGGGGAGGGAAGUAACGGUCAUGAAGCCAGACAUACAGCAGCACAAGGCUGAGACUUCUAGAGUCAUCCAGAAUUCAACACAUGUCCCAUGUCCUAUAAACCUGAUAGACAUAGGGGCUCCCUCACCUUCUAGAGGGCAGGAGAAGAUUCUCAGUGAACACAGCAUCCCUCUGGGGGUGGAGUUCAUCGUGCCUAGUACGGGGUUCUACUGUAAGCUGUGUGGCCUGUUCUACACCAGCGAGGAGACAGCCAAGACCUCUCACUGUCGUAGUACUGUCCACUACAGGAACCUUCAGAAGUACCUGUCUCAGCUGGCAGAGGAGAGUCUACUUGGUGCACUAACUGACCCCUCAGCUACAGAGUGACCUCUGACCUAUUCUCAUCAUUCGGUACUGUCAAGUUGAUAUGGUGGACAGCGUUGCGUGUGUGCUACAGACUGCGUGAUCUGAGCUUGCCAAGGACUACUCAACGAAAGAGACAUGAAUAAAUGACAUAUCGGAUGGAAGUCACACGGUGAAAUGCACUGGACCCAGAGAGAAGAGCGAUUCUCUGAGAAUUGCUUGGACUAAAACUCAUUGCUACAAAUCAAAUGAAAUGUUAUUGGUCACAUGCUCCAUAUACAGUAAUACAUAUUACCGUGAAAUGCUGACUUACGAGCCCAUUCCCAACCAUGCAGAGUUAAAAACAAAGACAAAUAUUUGCUAAAGAAAAUAGUAACGCAACAAAAUAACAAUAACGAGGCUAUAUACAAUCUAGCAAUAUGUUUGAUUCUGUACAUAGUCUAAACAAUACUGUAGUUUAAAAAGGUUCCAGUGUUAAUGUACUACGUUUGUGAAAAUGAAAACCGGUCACCAAAGAUUUGUGUUAAAAAGAUAUUUCUGUAUCUUUCACCCUUUGAUUUAUUUGCAGUAGAGAAUAAAUGUGUUUGUUUUUCAUCGUGGGAAUAAACACAGCCUUCUUUCUAGUCAUUA